CCCUCUUAUUCCACACCUAUAUCUCAACCCCUCCCAGCAAUUAUCUGAAAAACCUCUCUAAAAUCUAGUCUUUUUUUAGAGAAAAGAAAAAAAGGAAAAGAAAACAUGGGUUUGAAUUCUCGUCAGUGGCUUAUGAAGCUGUUUGUUGUGGCCACCUUGUUCCAAGUUUCAUUCGGUUCCAGCAGGUUGUUCCAAGUCUCGUUGGCGACAAGGAAGCUAAGCGAGCUUGUCCAAGACCAAACCCAGCUCCUCAAAUACCACAACGGCCCUCUCCUCUCCGGUAAAAUUACCAUCAACCUCAUCUGGUACGGUAACUUUAAGCCCUCCCAGAAAGCCAUUGUUUCCGAUUUCAUCUCCUCCUUGUCCUCCUCCUCCCCUUCCAACACCCCCCAACCCUCCGUGGCCGCCUGGUGGAAGACCACCGAGAAAUACUACCACCUCACCUCCAACAAAAAGUCCUCCAACUCCCUCUCCCUCUCUCUGGGGAGACAGAUUCUCGACCAAGGCUACUCCCUCGGCAAAUCCCUCACCACCAAACAGAUUGUCGCAUUGGCCGCAAAGGGUGACCAAAAGAACGCCAUCAACGUUGUCCUGACAUCCGCCGACGUGGCUGUCGAUGGCUUCUGUAUGAACCGGUGCGGUACCCACGGGUCUGCCUCCGCCUCUUCCAAAACCAGACACAUCAAGGGCGCCAAGAACUAUAAGUUCGCUUUCAUUUGGGUUGGAAACUCGGAGACCCAAUGCCCGGGGCAGUGCGCGUGGCCAUUCCACCAGCCCAUCUAUGGACCCCAAAGCCCACCCCUUGUGGCCCCCAACAACGACGUGGGCCUCGACGGCAUGGUCAUCAACCUCGCUAGCCUUCUGGCCGGGACAGCCACCAACCCAUUCGGAAAUGGAUACUUCCAGGGCCCGGCCGAGGCACCACUAGAAGCUUCCUCGGCCUGCCCUGGGGUUUACGGGAAGGGAGCUUAUCCUGGUUAUGCCGGGGACUUGCUGCAGGACCCCACCACCGGUGCCAGCUACAAUGCCAAUGGUGCUAAUGGAAGGAAGUACUUGCUUCCUGCACUAUAUAAUCCUGCAACUUCAUCUUGCUUUACUUUGGUUUGAAACAUUAGAAGGGCUAAUGUAUAAGCCUAAUUAGGUGUUAGAUAUAUUCAUUGAUUUGUUCAAAUUUUCUUUUGGUUAUGCGGAUUGUAAUGAUAUAAAAAUAGCAAAUUGCUUCGAUUUGCAUAAGAAAUUAUUCUGCCUUCAGUUCUA